CCAGAGCGCCAGUUGAAUACAAGCAAGCAAGUGAAGCGAAUUAGAGCGAUCACAGCGAACUACGCGAAUCACGCGAUUUGAAGAUACGUUUAAGUUCUUACUCAAGUCAAGUUUAUUGAAGCUACGAGAAUGUCUCUGCUACCGUAUCUCUUCGACGAUUGGAACGUGCGUCCCCGUUACCAUCACCACCACUAUCCUAGCAGGCUCCUAGACCAGCACUUCGGCCUAGCCCUGAAUCCUGAUGACCUGCUCGCCGCCGUCGCCGGCCCACUCGUGACACGAGAAUACUACAGACCCUGGCGCCAUCUUGCUGCUGCGGCACGGGACAUCGGCUCAAGCAUUAAAGCGGACAAAGACAAGUUCCAAAUCAAUCUAGAUGUCCAGCAUUUCGCCCCAGAAGAAAUUUCCGUCAAAACCGUCGACGGCUACAUUGUGGUUGAAGGCAAACAUGAGGAGAAGAAAGACGACCACGGUUACAUCUCUCGCCAGUUCACUAGGAGAUACGCUCUGCCCGAAGGUACUGCCCCAGAUACCGUGGAAUCUAAAUUGUCUUCUGACGGCGUACUGAGCAUCAUCGCGCCAAGGAAAGUUCCAGAAGCCAUUAAGGGUGAAAGAAGCGUUCCUGUGACCCAGACCGGACCUGUUCGGAAGGAAAUAAAGGACCAGAGCGAGGGCACGAACGAAAAGGAGUCGAAGUGAGCGAUCUCGCUUUAUCUUAGGUACCUCUAUAAAUUAAACAUUUAAUGUUUUAAUAUUCCAAAGUUUGGCAGUGCCAUGUUGAGACUGAUUUGAUUUUGUAUUACUCAGUUUUAAGUUUUAAUAAAAUCUAUUUUAAGCUUAA